GUCCAGAUUGUAAACCCGGACAAAGAAGAAGAUACCGUGGUGUACAACUCUGUUGUUUUAUGUGCGUGUCGUGUCCAUUUAAUUCCGUGUCUACAGGAAACAAUUCGCAGAAAUGUGAUGAUUGCUCAAAUGAAACAUACUCAAACGAUGCGAACACGCAAUGUUUGCCAAAGGUUCCGGAUAUCUUUGACUACAAUAGCAAGACUGCAGUAGCCUUAAGUGUACUCUGCAUUUUAGGUAGUACAGCAUCGGUGGCGUCAGGACUGAUGUUUUACUGGAAAAGAGACACACCAUUGGUAAUGGCUUCUAGUAAAACACAUAGCUACGCUAUAGCAGCUGCACUUGCUCUUGGUUUUCAGACCGUGUUUUUUUACAUUGGUUACCCCACUGACAUAAGUUGUAAACUGAAAUCUAUUGUUGCAGGGCUUCAUGUAACAUUUAUUAUCAGUGUUUUCUGUGCUAAACUUUACAUAAUUCGCAAAUUGUUCAAUGCGAAUGUAGUAACUUCAUCUAAAAAAUGGUUCUAUAAAUCAUGGUUCGCCGUUUGUAUUCUGACAUGCUUGCAUUUUAUUUACAACAUUAUCUAUGAGUCCCUAGACCCUAGUGAGGUUGUUAAAGAUUUUUCAUACAUUCGUAUAUUGCCAGUAUUUUGUAAAACCUCUGAUACCAAAUUCUUAACAGUAAGCAUAUUUCAAUUAAUUUUGUCAACAGUGUGCAGUAUCUUCUCGUUUCGAGCAAGAUUGUUGCCGAAGCGAUUCCAAGAUACUCGCCUACUCUGGUUUAUUAUGUUUACGAUGUGCAUUAUGUUGUGUAUCUCUACUUCUGCCCAUUUUCUGCUAGGUUCUAGUACUCGAACACAAACUAUUGAUUCCAUCUUUAUCUUAGUUCUGAAUUAUUUGAUAUUGGUGAUGUAUUAUAUCCCCAAACUUUACAUAAUUUUCUUUAAACCUAUCAGAAAUACCAGGCCUAUUUUUAUGAACAAAUUUUAUAACAGAAAAUCAAUCAAACAGAACUAAAAUACAUUGACAGCAUCAUCUGAAAGUAUGGAAUGUUUUGAGUUUGAGCCAAAUUUGCAUUAAUUUCAGCUAAAUCAUAGUUUGCCAAUAUUUAAAAUCAUAUAAAUAUUGUAGUUAGAAAUAAUCAACAAUUUUCAGUAUUAUAUUAAAUGAUACCUGUCUAAUAAUUAGACUACUACAGGUGAAAAAUCAAAUAUUAAUGUUUACAACAUCAAUACCGUAUUAUAGCUAUUGAUUCAGAAUUAGCACUUCAGUAAAUACACAGAUUAUAUACCAGAUAAUUACAGUUUAUUAGGAGUGUUA